GCACCACCAGAAAGUCCGCGCUUUCCUCAAUCAGUGCGUCGCCUGCAACGACCGUCUGACUUUGUCAAGCUUCCUAGACAUCGAGGCGUCGGGGUCUCCGUCCUCGCAUUUAAGCGAAUCUUAAUGAAAGUAAACGGAGGAUUCGAGCCCGGCGUCCCCAUGGUUCUCCCCCAAUCACGCGAGUGCGCAUUGCGCGUUCCACGACCCAGUCGGCAUUGACAACCAUGUCAAGACGUUCGCGUCGGGAGCGAUGAGGCGAGACCGCCAUCCCGUCUGUCAAUCCAGCCCGCGUCUCCAUCUCGAAGUCGUCGUGCGCCUGUGUGCUGAAAUACAUAACCGCCAUGUGCCCAUCCGCGUGAGAACACAUUUUCACGUGCCAGACAACUCUGGCUUUGGAAGCGGCCAAGUGAGGGUUAUGAAGUUGUUCAGACCAGAUCAAUUCUCGCCUCAAGAAGAUGUGGUUGUCAUCUUCUACGAUUGGCCUCUUGGUAUUGCUGCUUGCUCCGCUUGGUCAGGCCGGCCACGUGAAACCAACAUGCCGCGUCUCCGCAAUACCAUCGACGGUGACGAGCACCAUCGUUUCCUAUACUACAUUGCCGAUAACAACGAAGACUUACACCACUACAACGAUCCGCUCAGGGACUGCCACCACGAGCGGGAUUCAGAGUCUCACAACCAUUGUCAGCGCCAGCAGUACUGCUACAAGCCUGAUCACUACCGCCCUGCCGACAUCAACCGUCACAUUUUCAAGCGAGAUCACCAAAACCGACGUUUCUAGCCUCACUAUCACCGAAACCGUCUCGGGCUCUACGACUUUGACUACAACCUCGACGACUACCCAACUGCCGCCGACUACUAUGGUCAUUUCCAACACCAUCACUAUUCCUACAACCGUUACGAUUUUCACGGCGACGACCGUCACGACCUACUUGCCGCCGAAUCCUCCCAACGUCCGGCGCGCAGAGACCUGCGACCCUAGGACGUGUGCGACCGUGGUUACGUAUGGCUUGACGACGACAACGAAAUGUACCACCGUCAUCAGUACCAUCCGUCCUACAGCGACUGUGGUCCAAACGCUCUUCACAACAAUCCCGUCUAGCACAGCGACAGCCCUCUCGACUGUCUACAGCACUUCCUUGGUUACUGUCAUUGCUACUCGUAGCUUAAUCAUCACCCAGCCCGCGUCGACUGUGACAAUCUCGAGUCUGAUGACUACAGAGACAACAUUGACCGAUGUCUCCACUGCGACCUCGACGCUCCCAGACAGUGUGUCCGUCAUCACGGCCGUCGAGACGCAGCCAGCUUCUACGGCUCUGACAACGGACGUGACGACGGCAACAAGCACGACCUUUACGACGCUAACCUCCACCUCGACUGCACCAGUCAUCACAACGCAGACGCUCGUCAUACCUGCUUGCCGUAACUUUUACACUUUGUCGAUUUACACUAGUCUCACGUCAUUCGUCGACCCUCUCACCACCAUCACCCAGCCUAUCAUCGUACUCACCACUCUCUCCUCAUUCGUCUGCACGUCGACACCGCGAACUGUGACUAACACGAUAACAUAUGUGCCCACUGCAGUAACCUCAACAAUACUGACCACCUCAUGCUUCACUGGUCAAGUUACAAGUACUUCAGCCGUGGCGACAUCGACAUACAAUGCCGGUUUUCCAGUCCGCUUGACUAGCUAUACAACCUUCCCGACCUUUGGCACGAGCUGCACUUCCUACGUAACGACUACUGUUAGCACGCUUCCGCCGCCAACGAUGACGGUAUAGAGUAGACUUGGAACCGGUCACAAACAAUACCAAAAUUUAAUUUAAUUUUUCUAAGGUAUCUUCAUCUUCCCAGAGGCAGAUGGCUCGAAGCAGAAUGAUUGCGAAGCAAGUAUCUGAGGACUGCAUGAUCCGCAAGCUUUCCCUACCAAAACCGCUCUUAUUUACGACGUACGGCGCACGACCUCCACGCGGCGGGGAUCCGAAUUCGAAUUCGAGACCUUCCAACCACGCGCUUGUAGAGGGACAUGCUCACUAUGUUAUUGGGGGUGAUGCGCAGCAGGGAACGCAGAUAAGAGCCAUCACAUCCGUGCUGAUAUUAGUCGCCCAUGUCGCUGUCGUCCCUUACGUGGGCUCCACUUCUCCGUGGGACUGACUUCAAACG